AACAGGGAAACACCAAUUUUCGUCGCAGUCUACGAUGCUGCUCUCAGCAAUUGCAGGCACAAUCUUCGUCAGCUUCACAUCCGCCGAUUACACACAAUUCUACUUCAACUCCAGCAAUGGCUGCGACGGUCUCGCUUUCGGCUGCGAAGCACCUUUCUCCAUGUGCGCUUACGAUAGCGUAAAAGACAAAUACUACUGUUGUUCUGGAGAAUAUUAUAACGCAUGUCGCGCGUUUUCUACUUCUUGUACCGACUCCGCAAGCACGCAGACUUGUGGCGAUGGAAGCUGGUGUUGUUUGAGUGAGACUAGUGGGGAGAGGUGUACGAGUCGGAGUGGUCAAAUCAACGUCUGCGUCGCAACACAAGACAAUCUCAUUGCUGAUGUUUCACAACUUUUGAUGAAUGAGACUUAUUCGAGCCUUACUGCUGCAAACCCUUCUGCGACCACAUACUCGGUGGAUGUCACAUCGCUCGUCGCACUAGCCACAUCCUCCUCCUCUUCUUCAAUCGCUACAACAUCAACAGCAUCCGUUUCCUCAACCUCAUCCACAGCUAGCCCUGUAUCCGCCGCCGCAGCCCCGCGCGGGACCCCAAUAGCCACAGGAGCCAUCGCCGGCGGCGUCGUGGGUGGAGUUGCCGGGCUCGCAAUUAUCGGGGGUGCGAUAUGGUUCUUCCUCAGAAGAUCGAAAAAGGCGAAAUCGAAAUCUAAGAACCAAGAUCUGUCUUCUCCUACAGCUGCUGAGAAACGUGAUCAGUUCCCGGGCUCUGGUGGUUUCCAAAGUCCUGCGCCACAAUAUGAGGUUGCGGAAAUGGAAGGUACGAGGGAGGUUGGGGAGAUGGCGGGGAGUCGUGCUGGUGAGAGGAAAUUUUUGAUGAGAGGGGAGGUUAGUGAGAUGCCUGGGGGGAGGGAUGAGGUUAGGGAGCUACCUGGGUGAGGAGGUGAGAAAUGGAAUGAGCUAUGUUGGUUGAGGGAAAAUAAUUGCAUGUGGGAAAGUGGAUGGCUGGGUAUGGGGAGGUAGUAGUUCUGGAAGGAGUGUAGGGAAAGAGAUAUAUGUGCUAGAUGUGAGCCGUAGAAGGUGGAAGAGAUGCGAAGGACAAGCAUGACGGGAAGAAUGGAUGAUUGUGCAAGCCGUGAUAUUGGCCGGGCUAGCUGCAAGUCUGUCCGCUGGAACUAUCCUAUACCCUCCAACUCCAUCGCUGAGCCAUCUACAUGUUCCGACUCAAGCUCUGUACAUUUCAAUUAGCUCCAUUUCUCGCAUCUUAUGCAGUAGACUUCGGUGGGUCGACGAACGUGGUUUGAGUGACAGUAGGCGUCGGCUGAGCAGAAACGACAUUACCCGAAGCAUCCUCUGUGAUGAAUUUUAUCGAUGUAGCGGUGCUACGUUCUGGCGCCACGGUUACGAUCGCGAUGCUUUGAGACUCGGAAGAAGUGGUUGACGAUGCAAGAGAUCCGAGGAUAGCAGCGAUAUCCGUGAUGGCUGCUGCUGUGUCGGCCGAGGAGGAAGAUGUGCUGCUGCUUCUCUGUGUUGGAGGAAAGGUGACGAAUUGUGUCAUGAUUUCCGUUCCUUGAUGAGCUGGUCCUUGUCCUGGCACGAUGAAAUUUGGAGCGUUGAUGAUCGAUGGUGCUUGGUUGUGUUCGCAUACAGCAGAAGUCGUUGCGAUUCCAGCCCCGGCCCAUGGGAAGAGUCGGCUUGGAGCGUUGUUGUAGAGACCUAUGACUGUGUAGGCGAAGAGGAUCGUGCUUUCGAAGAAGAGGAUGAUUGCGAAGAUUAUGAAGAGGGGCAUUGGGAUGAAGACUCCGGAUUGUCGCUUUGGUUCGGGGUAGUAUUCUCGAACGUAUUCGCGUGGUGGUGGCUGGGGUGCUGGAGCUGGGCUCGAGCCGAAGAGUGUUGAGAAGCGUGGUGGGUGGUCUUUCUUCUCGCUCAGCUCAUGGUCUUGGACGUGUGGCUGAGGUGACGGGCAGCCUUUCUUUUUGAGAUCCAUGUUGGCGUCGAUGGCUUCUGCUGGUGGCGCUCGGCCUGGUUGGCAGUCGUCGGUCUCGUACAUGUUGUCGUUGAGACUUUUUUCGAAAAUUUCUUGGAAGUGCAUGUGGAGGGAUGAAGAGUUUUCUCCAACGGUCGAUAGAUGUUGAAAUAUGGUGAUCGGCCGUCAAGUCGUAAGUGUCGUGAGCAAUUGCCUGCAACUGCUUUGAAUGUCUGCCGUCAAAGAGGUGGAGUGCAAACACGGUUUAAUAUUUCUCGAGUGCGCGCAGCGCUUUAUGUCUCAUUAAAAGCAACGGCUCAAACAAAGGCGUUGUCUGUUGUCUUAACGAAAGUGCUUGUCCAGCAAAGCAGUAUUAACAAAGGUCUUGUGUGAAGAGAUGGACAAGUGAAUGUUGAAAGAAGGCAAAACUACGUAUCGUGGAC